UUGCUUUGGGAGUUUUUAGCUGGUGACUUUAAGACAAGACGUUAAAUAAGGUUUCUCUUCAGAGAAUCAGAUAUACAGGAUGGAGAUAUCAACACCCAUUUGGACGUCCAAGGAGUAUACAUUGCAGGAAUAUUUGUCGAAAUAUGCUGAUUCAUUCCCAAACAUCAUUAAAGUUACUGAAGGAUACUUAGGAAAACAGGAGAUAGACAGCCUUAGCUCCAGCAUGGUGAUCAGAGUUAAUUCUGUCUACAACCAGAAGAGAGCAGUUGCAGAGUCUAAAGUGGGGAAGGUGUUCUCGAUACCAUUCAAUGUAAAAAAUGUGAAAUUCUUACUGGCACAAAAUAAUGCAUCAGUCAGCGGUAUACAACCUAUGACCCUGGAAGAUAUAUUGUCUAAAUAUAAUCUCCCUGUGUCUGUUACUGCCUCAAAAGUCAUUGCUUUCAAAGAAAAAGGAGACCAGCUAUCUCAGGAUGAAAUGUUGCCUGAACUGACAAUACAAGAUACCUAUGAGCAGGUUUUUUUACUGGGGCAUCCUAUUGACAAGGGAAAACUAUUGAUUCGGGAACCCAUUAUGAUCCCAAUGUACAUGACAGAACUCAAACUUGUGGUAGCAGUUGGAUUUGCUGAUGGAAACACAGACAGAUGGAACGAUGUUUGUGCUUGGUUCACCAAACAAGUUACAAAUGAAGGAAACAUUGCAGAGAUUGCUUUGGAGGAAAUAUUUCUGUUGGAUAAGAAAGAUCUUUCUCCUCAAGAGCCAAGAUAUUCUACAAUAGAGCCAAUAUACAUUGACCUUAGCGAACUUUAUCAGAAUCAUAAGGUGCAAUUAGAAAACACAGAAACAGUAACUGUGAAUCCAGAUCAAGCCUAUGACGUCAAAGCAAAGGAGAACUGCACUGAACCUUCCCUCCCACAGUCUCAGGAAAAUAAGCAUUUUACCAACAUCAGUGAUAUACCAUCUGACCUACAUGGUUUGAAUGUGAAGCAAGUGUGUGAGUGUCUGGAAAUUCUCAACAUGAAGCAGUAUGUGAAGGCAUUCUCUGAAGCGCUUGUGGAUGGGCAUAUCUUGUAUGAGUUGGAUCGGGAGAUGAUGUUGUCUUGUCUGGGAAUGAAUGGACUUAAUAUUGCAAAGCUCCUGAAGUUCAGAGAGGGGUGGAGACCAAAUAUAUAAAGCAGGGAAUACAUUAGCCAAUAUGUGUCAGCAGCAUAGUAUAUUAUCUGAAUAAUCAUUGAAGAGCAACAGGAACUAUUGCUGCUAAUGUACGUGGUCUAAAUUUAAUAUGUUUUCAGAAGAGUGUCUAGUGAGUUAAAUCUCUCUAAUUCUUAGGUCUUCCCGAGGUGCUCAUGCACUUUGGAACAUUUGGUAAAGAUAGUUCAUGAUUUCAUGAAUUAGCAGCAUAGGAUGGCAUUAGUUAUUAUGGAGUUGUUUUCUAUCUCUACUUUAUUUAAAUCGUAGUGCAUUUGGGUAAAUUUGUUCUAAGCCAACUUUAAGUGGGUUAACGAAAUGCGGAGAUCUUUUAUAGCGGAAUUUUAUUUUGUUCUCCUAAUAUUUUAAUCUUAGUUAUUCUCCAUCUCUCUUUACUUUCUUCACCUUUUCACAUUUACAACAUGUUCAUCUGUCUCACUUUAUUCACUCACAUUCUCCAUUGCCUUCAAUUUGUUUCUCAAUUUCUCUUUGUUUUUCUCAUAAGCAUUGCCAAAUCUCAUUUUCAUUUCUAACUCCAAAACACCUGUCUCUAUGCCAUCUCAAACGCUCUUUUCAUUUGUCUGUCUUUCUGUCGUUCCUUGUAUUCAGUAUUCUCCAUAUCCUACCAUUUUAAUCUCUUUAGUUGCAUUUUUUUGGUCCCUGGACUGGGUGACUAUUUACAAAGUUUUGGUGGCACAGGAGAUUAUUAGCUAUCUGAGCAUAAAUUCAGGUUCUAUACCAUGGAUGGGCAAAUAGUGCUUAAGGGGUGUGGUUAUUAUAUGAUUUGAGUGUAGUUAUAGGUGGGGACUAUGUGGACCCACUAGGGAACAAAGUAACAAUGAGACAAUUCUGAGCUUGUAUCUCUUUUUUCUCACUGCUGAUAAUUUUCCUUUUAUAUUUCUUUUCUCUUUUCUAUAUAUUAUAUAAUCUAUUUCCCUAAUGAUAUUCAGCCGUCUAACUUUUGCUCAUUUUAUCACAUCCCUGUCUUCUUCUAGACUGUUCUGAUCCUAAUGGCAUAUUCAUCACUUACUCUCUCCUCGAUAAGUACUGUCAUUUAUUUUUAUCAAUGAUUCUGGUAGAUUGCCAAAUAAUAAGAGGUCUUUAAAAGAUUAAUGGAAUGGAUUCAUUAUCUUUAAUAUAAAUCACUUUUGCUAAAAAAAAAAAAAAAAAAAGAAAUGCACUUUUAGCAAAAGUCUGACUUUUUAUAAACAUAUAACUUUCUCUUUUUUGAUACUUUUUAGAGUAUUUAGGAUUUGUACUGCCCUAACAAGUAAAAUAAUAUAAAGGUAGAUAAAGGCAAUAUAGUUUAAUAUCCAUCCCACUGUAACUCUUUAAGCAAGUAUGUAGUGAGAGAAGUAUUGUCAUUUUACAUCAAUGUUAAUACAUUUUAUCUAGACUGGGUCAUGGGACUGUCAUUUAAAGGAAACAUACUUUAUUCCUUGUACUGUAAGGUCUUAACUGUUGUUUUAUUUCUAGUACAGAGGGGGUACGGUAUACUUGACCUAUCUAUUUAAUUAAUCUGAACCUAGUUUAUAGUGGAUUAAAUUAUCACAUUAUUUUCAUCAAUCAUAUUACAUCUAGAGGGUCAUGUAGACCUUAUUUGAACAAAGUCUCAUAUAAUGUAUAAUGGUUCUCAUGUGUAUGAAAAAGCAUCCUCCCAGCCUUUAUUACUCUAGCCUAGUGUAUGUUGAGUUAAAUCUGUAUUUUUUUCAUGUUUCAGAGCUGACCCAAUUUUAUUACUGAAAACCUGGUGACUAACAGGUUACACAAUUGCAACUCUUAAAAAGUCACACUGUCCAAAUGAUGGUGCAAGUGACUCCACAUUUUAAAGAGAAAAUUAUCCUCAUAGGUUACCAUAUUUGUUUUUGGAGAAGAGAGCAGUUUAGGUUUAUCAUAACAAACAUGGGAUGGCACACAAACAGUUUAGAAAGCUGCCAUUUUCUCAUACUGAUAAAUAGAAAAUCAACUGACAUCUCAAUUGAAAGAUUAUAUUGCCCUCUUUUUAGUGAGGGUCACAUGAAGUACAUACUGUGAUCAGAGGUAUUGCAGGGUAUAAUAAAAAAUUAAGGCUAGAUUAUGAGUGGCGCUCUAACUCGUGGCUUUUUGCAGGUGUCGAAAGUAGCGUGCAUAUUACAAGUUGAAAGUAAAUGUGUUUGCUUGAGCACAAUUGAAUUUAAUGCAUGUCGGGAUAGCGCAACUUCAGAUCUCUGAUUAACUGUUAUGCUAGACAAAAACGUUAGCGGGUUAGCACCCAUGGGAAAACCUUUUUUACUUUCAACUUGUAAUAUGUGCGCUACCCAAAGCUUACUUCUAGCGGGAGUGCUAAAUAGUGUGCCACUUGUAAUCUAGCCCUUCGUUAGUAAUAUUUAAUUGUUUGAAUGAAGCUUAUUUAAGAUUAUUUACUAAUAUGUUAUGAACGUUGAUGGGUGAAUUAUUGUACAUUUUGUCACUGAUAUCUUAAAAUUUACUUUUUUCUUUCGAUAAGGGCCUAUAAUCAAUAUUUACUAAAUCCCUUAUUAUUUUGUGAAUUGCUAGUAUAUUUAAAUGUUUUCAUUUACAUAAGACACAAUGUACUUAUAUCAAAUGAUAAGUAUACUCUUAAAUUAUGGUUUUGCAUUUAUAUAAGUGAUUAGAAGUUUCAACAUAAAGAUAGUAAUAAUUUAAUAAUUAAUGUAAGUUACUUGUAAGUUGAAAAUGAGUAACCACUUAAUACAACACAUGAAAAUUUAUAUUUUCUUUUGAAAUGUUUAUUUUAAUGUACGUCAUCUGGGUUACCAGUUUUUGAUUUUUACAAGAUGGCGACUAGAAGUCAAGUUAUGGAACAUUUUUUGACCCAUUUUGACUCUCUUGUUAAACACAUGUAAAUUGCCUGAUUUUAUAAAUGUUUUCUUAGACCUAUGUUAUGUUUACAGUCCUUGACAAAAGCUUCAGAAACUUUGACUUUAAUAAAGGAUAUACUGGAUAAUAUUCUCACAAA